UGUUCAUCUUCUUCCUCAGGUAGGUAUGUUUCAAAAAAUCUAAUCUUAGUUUCUCUCUCUACCACUUUCUCUCCAGCCGAUCUUCAUGCUCAUCACCGAAUUCUUCCAUUUUCUGCCCUAAAUUCGCUGAUUUGAUCUUGUAAUCUGGCCAAAUGUUACCAUCUAGUGGUGGGAUUCUCCCACCACCUAACCCGUCUGAUUCCCCUAUGUCCUCUCCAUCUGAACAUUCAAUUCCCCGUCGUAUAUCCACUAGGUCUUCUAGUGCGAACACAUCUCAAAAAGAUCACUGUGUUUCCCCUAAUCCGUCAAAUGGUCCAUCGAUUACCAGCAAGGAGAUUCAUAAACAUGCUAAACAUGAUAAGGGAAGGCAAAUGCUGGCAAAUUUGAGUGUAAACGACAUUGUAAAAGCUAAUUCUCCCCUCGGUGUACAAGACAAGGGUGUCGUACAAGUCCAAAACUCGGAAUCGUCUUUGUGCUUUACCCCUUCCAAAUCGCCGUGUCUGGUUAAUUCUGCCAUGAAUGAAGUGUCUACCCGUGGUAGAGCUAUAAAUCCAGAGCUGGGCUGCCUAUUGCUGACAUUAUUUUCAGAAAAUGUGGAUGCUCGAACAAUUGGAGAAUUUCUUAAUUUAGUGGAUGCAUAUGACGAUUUUACCACUUUGAGUGUAGACUCUCAAGGCAAGUGCAUAACACCAUCUACAUCAGAGAGGUAAUAUUACCAUAACAACACUAAUUAAAGAACUGAAUUGCUUUGCAUAACAAGUAGAAGAAUUG